AUGGCUAGCAGCGGCGAGGUGCAGGAGUCGCUGCAGGCGGUGGCGCAGGGGCUGCGGUGGACGUACGUCCUCCUCUGGCAACUCUGCCCCGACCAAGGCUUACGGAAUGGCAGCGCGCUGGUGUGGGCGGAGGGGCACUACAACGGCGCAAUCAAGACGCGCAAGACGGUGCAGCCUGCCAUCGCCCUGGCGCCGGCGCCGGCGGAGGCAGCCGACCACCACCGCAGCCGGCAGCUGCGGGAGCUCUUCGACUCCCUGGCCAGGGAAGCCGCGGCUGGUGGGACAAGCUUCAGGGACGUCCACGGUGCCGGCGUGCACGAGGCGGCGGCACGGCGGCCCAGCGCGGCCCUGGCGCCGGAGGACCUCACGGAGACGGAGUGGUUUUACCUCAUGUGUGCCUCCUACUCUUUCCCUCCCGGGGUCGGGUUACCAGGAAAGGCAUUUGCAACGGGAGGGCAUGUAUGGCUCAGUAGAGCAAAUGAAGUUGACAGCAAGGUCUUCUCAAGAGCAAUACUUGCCAAGAGUGCAGGAAUUCAGACAGUCUUAUGCAUUCCCAUUGUCGACGGUGUCCUGGAAAUGGGGACCACAGAAAAGGUGGAGGAAGACAUAGGCCUAAUUCAGUAUGCAAUGAGCAUCUUCAUGGAUCAACAAGACAACCACAUGAUCCCUACUAUGUCAGAGCAUUCAACGUCCAACCAAACAAGUCGCAUUGAUCUACAGCCAUUCCAAAUACAGAGGAAGAUACAUGCUGGUCAGGCAAAGGAGGAGCCCAAAAAGUUCAGCCCAAAAUAUGAGGACAAUGAAAUGGAAGAUGGCGAUGAUGAGAUCGAAGAAUGUGCAUCGGGUUCAGAAACGAACACGGCAGGGGAUUACUGCCGGCAUGCUCCACUGAACAUCGUGAGCAAUGAUGAGCAGGCAACACACAAUAUAGGGAGCAGUAAGCGGAUGCAGCUUGAGAUGUCAGAAAGGGUGAGAGAUGGCUGUUCAAGCAACUCGGGUGAUGGAAUCCAAACGCUAAUGGUUUUCCAGAACAUUAAUAAUCAAUCCAGUAUGCAAGCGGAUGAGCCUUCCCAGUCUUGGCAUUUUCUCUAUGAGGAGUUAUGCACUGGCUACCCUCAAUCGUCAGAUGAAAACCAAGCAAUAGUCCCACCUGAAAAUGCUCACUACACGGAAACAGUCUUGUCGAUCCUGCACGGCAACACACGCCGACAAGCCGCGGAGCCGAACAUCAGAUCGUACCUAGCUGUCUCACACCAAUCAUCAUUCUCCGCGUGGCAUCCUACCAUUCUUGGACGCACGAUCACUGAAAGAGCCACCCCACAGAGGUUGCUCAAGAGUGUCCUGCUCAGUGCUGCCUGCAGUAGCCACUGCAAGCCACAUGAUGAUCCGAGGUGCGACAAUGUCGGCACGGUCGGGCUGCGAAGAGAGGUCGAUUUCAGCGGCAACCAUGUCCUGCAGGAGCGCAAAAGAAGAGAAAAGCUGAACGAGAGGUUCAUUAUCCUGAGAUCCCUGGUACCCUUUGUUACCAAGAAUGACAAGGCUUCGAUACUGGGCGACACGAUCGAGUACGUGAAGCAGCUGAGGAAGCGCAUCCAGGACCUGGAAUCGUGGGUAGGCAGGCAGGUUCAGGGUGACCCGCCGAUGGUCAGGCCGCCAGAGACGAAGAGCGUUCGUGGUCGCAGCGACCAGCGCGCCGCCGCGUCGUCCGAGAAGCGGAAGCUGGCGGCCCUGGAAGGGAGCAGCAGCAGCAGCAGCACUGAUCCUGUGACCGUUGUGCAGCAUUCCACGGACGUUCAGGUGUCCAUCAUCGAGAGCGACGCGCUGCUGGAGCUGAGGUGCCCCGACAGGCGCGGCCUGCUGGUGAGGAUCAUGCAGGCGCUCCAGGAGCAGCUCCGGCUCGAGGUCACCGCCGUCCAGGCCUCUUCGGACGACGGCGUGCUGCUGGCCGAGCUGCGCGCCAAGGUGAGAGAGGUGCGUGGGAGGAGGAGCUGCAUUUCUGAAGUGAAGAGAGCAAUCCAUCUCAUCAUCUCAUCAGGAUGA